AUGGCCGACUUUGUGACUCUGGAAAGCGCGGACGGGUUCAGUGUUGUCGUGCCGCGCAAGAUGGCCAUGGCGAGUCCAACCCUCAAGGCCAUGUUGGAUGAGGAUGCGGCGUUCCAGGAGGCCGCGAGUCGGACGGCGCGGUUGCAGUAUCGCGGAAUCAUCAUCCUCAAGGUUGCCGAGUAUCUCGCGUACAAGGUGCAGUAUGCCGACUAUGCCGCUAGCGAUAUCCGGGAAGACUUCCUGCACCGCAUCGAGCCGUACAUUGCCCUCGAACUCCAUUCGGCCGCCGACUACCUGGACAUUUAG